UUUCGAAGGCCUGUUGUUGCUGGCUUGGCAGGUUUGUUUCCCCUGGAUAUACAUUGUAAUACAAGAAGUGUAUGUUCAAUAACAAGUGGAACUAUGGCAAAGCUCCUUGGUUUAGAUAAAGUAGCAAGACUUUUUCAAAUUAUCAAAACAAAUGGUGGCAUAAGAUCCAGCUUAUACAAACUAUACAGGUUCGACGAUUUGAGGCUGGGAGUUUUGGUCGGCUCGGACAAAUACGGCAACAAGUACUUCGAAAACGACAUGUACUUUGUCGGCCGCAACCGCUGGGUGGAGUACGCCCCGGCCGUGGGCACCGACUACGACGGCAGUAUGGUGCCGCCCGAGUGGUUCGGCUGGUUGCACCACAAGACGGAUGAGCCGCCCACUGUGAAGCCGCCCGUCAGCCAUCCGUGGAUGUUGAACCACGAGGCGAAUCCGUCGGGAUCGACGGACGCGUACUACCCUUACACCACCACCAAACCCAAGAUUCAGGCCUGGGUGGCCGCCCAAGAAACA